GGAAGCAUCCUGUCAUGAAGUUCCUGGAAGUGGUCCAGCACUGGAGCUGACACUGUCAGUGAGCCCGACACGACACCAGAACCAUCCGUACCAGACCCCCACCUUCCACUGCCCCCCUCUCGCUCCAGCCACUAAGACUGGCUGCUCCCCCCGUCCCAGACACUGUCCUGUUUUCACUUCCUCUCUGAAUAUCAAAGAGAGCCCUCGCCUGUCUCUGGGUCCCAGUACAGGUCAGGCCUCCUGGCUGGUCUGCAGACCUUUUCCCACCCUCCUGUGAUAGCAUUCCCCUCACUGGCAGCGGUCCACCCAGACCAACCCAGGAUCCAUCAUCAUGUCCAGCCGACGGAAGGCCUCCACCCCCCUGAUGAUCCGCCCAGAGCAGACCAUGGUGGAGCUGGAUGACGACACAGACGAUGACAUGGAGACAACAACGGAGAACCAUUCUGAGGAGAUGCCUAUGGAGACAGAUCUCUCAGCAGAGACCGAGCCCUCUGUGGAAUUAGACCUGACGGGCUCGGCCCCUGACCCUCCCCUGCCUCCAGACAAACCCCAAGCUGAGCCCCCCGACCUUUCCAAGCCUCAGUGCAGACAGCAGGGGGGCUACGAGUGUAAAUACUGCCCCUUCUCCACACAGAACCUCAACACUUUCAAAGAACACGUGGACGCCAACCACCCCAACGUCAUCCUUAACCCCCUCUACCUGUGCGCCGUUUGUAACUUUAACACAAAGAAGUUUGACACCCUGACGGAACACAACGAGAGGUGUCACCCGGGGGAGAGCAAAUUUAAAUUCAAACGCAUCAAAAUGAACAAUCAGACAAUCCUUGAACAGACAAUAGAAGGUUUCAGCAACAGUGCGGUCAUCUACAACACAUUUUCUGGCAAAGGGGACGACCUCAGCGCUCUGCCGCUCGGCAAGCCCACCUCAGUGAAGAUCGGUAAACCAAAAAUGUCGUCGGAUAAUAAACGGACAGAUCUGGCGAAGAAACCGAUCACAGCGUUCACCGUGAACGUCCCGCUCAUCAUCCCAGAGUCGACUCUGCUCAAAGCAGAAGGCCUUUCACACAUCAUGCCUUCCCUACAGCGGCCUCUCAGCUACUCUCAGGUUCCGAAGAUCGCAGUGCCCCUCAACACAACCAAAUACAACCCUUCGCUGGACGACAACCUGACGCUCAUCUCUUCCUUCAACAAGUUCCCCUACCCCACGCAGGCGGAGCUCUCCUGGCUCACCGCCGCCUCCAAACAUCCAGAGGAGCAAAUCAAAGUCUGGUUCACCACACAGAGGCUCAAGCAGGGCAUUAGCUGGUCUCCUGAGGAGGUGGAAGAAUCCAGGAAGAAGAUGUUCAACGGUACCAUCUCCUCUCUGCCUCAGACCUUUACCGUGGUAGCUCCUCAGUUCAGCUCUAACAUGUCUGCAGCCUCUAAAGCCAUGCAGACGGCAGCCUCCGUCCUGCAGUCUCUGCCCUGCCAGCUGCUGGGACAGACCAGCCUGGUGCUGACCCCUGUGGCCAACGGCUCCACAGUCACCUGCGCUCCACUGGCCCUCACCGUGGCUAACCAGGUGGCACAGUCGCUCAAAAGACCCCUGUCCUCCCCUGGGAUCACCACGGACAGUAAACGACCCUCCAUCAUUCAGACCAUCUCCGUGCCCAUGGCAACAUCCAAGCUGGCAUCGCCCAAAGUGCUGAGCUUCACCGUGGACCCCAACAAAACAGCUGAGCAGCUCUCAGUGCUGAGGGCCAGCUACACACAGUGUCCUUUCCCCGAGGAAGAUGAGAUCUACAGGCUGAUAGAGACCACCGGGCUGUCCAGAGGAGAGAUAAAGAAGUGGUUCAGUGAACAGAGGCUCCUUAAUCUCAAAGGCGUUCCUCCCCCUCCGGUGCUGGUGAAAGCAGAGGUGACCCCAGCACCUAAAGACGGUGCUGUGAAGAAGGCGGUGCCCAGCCACUUCCCCCUGCUGGAGAGGGUGAAGGGGAAGUCUUCAGAACAGCUGAAGGCGCUGGAGGAGAGCUUUCAGAGAAGCAGCACGCAGACAGAGGCGGAGCUAGCCCUGCUGGCCCAGGAGACCCGGCUGUCCCACACGGAGGUGGACUGCUGGUUCUCAGAGCGCCGGGCGCUGAGGGACAACAUGGAGAAGGCUCUGCUCUCCAUGUCUGCCAAGAGCACGGAGGAGCGGGCGGAGCGGCCGGCUGCGCUGCUGAACGGGGCGUCGCACGGCGGGAAGCCUCCUCGCUCCUCCCCCCAUCCACCUGUCCUCUCCCCUUCCUCCUCCUCCUCAUCGUCGUCCUCCUCCCCUCCUGUACUCGCAGCCUCCUCCCCUCGCCCACCCACCCUCUCCUCAUCAGCAUCACCUCCCAUCCUCACUUCAUCUUCCUCCUCCUCUUCUCCCCAUCCCCCAAUCCUGUCUGCCUGCACCAGCCCGGCUCCAAUAACCAGCUUCUCCCUCGGCCUAUUAAGAGAGCAGGUGUUCUGUCGGACCCAGUGGCCGACUCCUGAGCAGUACAGCCAGCUGGAGGUCCAAAUGAGCCUCGGACGCACCGACAUCGUCCGCUGGUUCAAGGACCAUCGAUCUGCGUUGAAGAACGGUGAAACUCUGGAAUGGAUGGAAAGUUUCCAGAACCAAAAGCUGGCAGAGACGCAGGAAUCAGGCCAGGAACAGAACGGCCAGAGUUCUGAGAAGAGGGAUUCCUUGGAAGUCGAGGCUGUGAAAGUCGAUGCAGUGGAGGAGGCCUGUGAGAGCGCAGCAGCUGCACCGGAGCACUCCAAGCUGUCCGACCAAGAUAAAGUGCAGUGGUUGACAGACAGAUUAGCCCACAGUGUGACGGACCUGAGCCGGACCGGACCGGACCAGACCAGCUCCAGUCCUGCUGACAAUGGAAGGUGGGUAGAGAGAGGGAAAGCCAUCGCUUACCCUACACUUCUUUUUCAGUGAUAAAACUGAGCUCAUGGUUGUGGCCCCCAAGGCACUGCUCGGGAAGGUUGGAGAUCUGCUCCUCAACAUCGACGGUUCCAUCAUCUCCCCAUCCCCUCAGGUCCGCAACCUUGGUGUUGUCUUGGAUUCAACCCUCUCAUUUCAAUACCACAUCAAAUCCGUUUCAAAAUCAGCCUUCUUCCACCUCAGAAAUAUUUCAAGACUCCGGCCAUCACUUUCCGACUCUGUUGCUGAGAAGCUGAUACAUUGUUUCAUUACCUCACGCCUGGACUAUUGUAACGGACUCCUGUCCGGGGUUCCCAGCAAAACCCUGAACAGGCUCCAGUACAUACAGAACUCAGCUGCCAGGGUUCUCACACGCACCAAGCCCUGGCAGCACAUCACCCCCACUCUAUUCAACCUCCACUGGCUCCCGGUCAAGUCCUGCAUCACCUACAAACUCCUCCUCCUCACCUACAAAUCCCUCCAUGCCCUCUCCCCUCAGUACCUCACAGAUCUCCUCCACCCAUACAUCCCGUCCCGCACCCUUCGAUCCUCAGACUCCGGCCUGCUCUCCAUUCCCCAUUCACGCCUCCGCACCUUCGGGGACCGUGCCUUCAGUGUCGCUGCCCCCACCCUCUGGAACUCCCUCCCUGCAGAAAUCCGCAACGCCCCUUCUCUCAACAUCUUCAAAUCAACCCU